AUGGAAGCUUCAAACCCCCUCGGGCUAUGCAGAAUCCCAAAUGAGCUGCUUUACAAGAUCGUUGACGCUCUGGACGACGAGUCAGCUUUACAACUCGGUCUGACGUGCACAGACCUCCACUACCGUGCCCUCCCCAUCCUCCUCGAACGACAUGGCAUCAAAAGCUUCAAUACCGGACAUAUUUCCCUUCAUAACAGUUCGAAGCAUGUGCUUCGUGCGCUCGCCACCGCACUUUUCGUACAAGACGUUGAAAGCAUCGUCUUUUGCCCCAACUCUAACUUUGAAGACCUACAUCCCAACUUUCUAGCCAUGACCCAUUUUGUGACCCGUUUGCCACAAGUCACAGUUUUCGAUCUCCACUUUGGGGGAUAUGAAGUUUGGCUUGCUUCCCUUUUUCUGAACAACUCACGCAGCAGAGAUGCACAGAGAUGGAUGGAGAAUCUUUUGGGUCUUUUGAACACCAUUCUGGAGAAUGGUUGCACAACAUUACGAGUACACAGGGCCAGUCACAGCGAUCCUCUUCCAGCUUCGCUUCAAAACGCCACCCGCUGGACCGCACCAGUUGUUCAAGAGUCACUUGGUAGCACUUUGAACUCUUCCCAACAUCAACGACGAGGUUUAGGAGUGCUCUCCAUUUUCCCAAGCUGGAGCCCUAGCCCACCUCCUCAAUCUAGCUCGAUAAGCUAUGGUUGCCAAAAACUCAGCGAAUUCCGUAUCCAUUCACAGGUAAUCCUCCAACGUCCUUUCAUUCCUUGGAUUCGGUCUAUUUUUCAAACCAACACCGCGUCUAUCACCACUCUUUCAUUCAAAUCUAGCUGCAAGGACCAUGCAGCCAUCUGGAAGGAUAUCCUAUCGUCCACCACCUUACUGUCCCUCUAUGAAUUUGAACUGACCUGCCACGAAGAGGUGAAUUAUUGGGUCCCAGUCGACUUCACGGUCCUGAUACUUUUCCUUUUGCGCCACCUCUCAAUCAGACGUCUCCAUCUCACGGCGAUAUAUGUCCCGCUACCUCUCUCCUAUCCUCGUUUUUUCUUUGGACCACUCCUCCCUCAAUUGGUUAAACUCGAAGCACAACCAGUGUUCACUUACUGGCUCCUGAAUGCCAAAUCACCAUUUCCCCGAUUCCAACGCCUGUCGUCAGUCACCGUUAUAUCGGAUUACCGUCCUGAAGUCGCCAUGGAUUACGACGACUUCAACGCGGCGCUCUCUGUCAUUGCCCAUUACACUAUGCAUUCGACCGAUAACAUUCACCUUGGUCUCAGAUUUGUAGCUGAAUUUGCAGUCGCGCAAUGGAUGCUACAACAUGUAUCACCGUUUAUAGGGACUAAUCGAAGUAGCAUCUCUGCGCUUCGCCGUGUCACCAAGCUCAGCGUGUAUACAACCGAUCAAAGAGGUGCUGGAUGCCGUUCCACUCUUCUUGGCGCUGUUCCCGAGUCUAGAGGAUCCACUGACGAGCUCUUCCUCAUCCCACUUUCCAACUUCGACUUCUUUACCCUUGUCAGCAUCUCCAUUCCAACCCCUUGUACGGACGAAGUGAUUGCACACAAUGAAGCACCUGUGUCGUUCUGCGCCAAGGUGUCGCAUUCCUGCUAG